UGGUCACCUCCUGCGUCAGCGCACAGGAGUUUUCCAUUGACGAAAAAGGGCAGCGCAAGCCGCUGGAGGAGGAGCGGCGGCGGCGGCGGCGGCGGCAGCAACAGCAGCGGCGGCGUCCUCCAGAUCAGAGCCGCGCCAAGCACGGACAGGCAGCUCAUCGCUUCUCGCUGCUGCCUCCUGCCGCUGCUGCCGCUGCCUCCGAGGCGAUGCGCGCCUGAGCUGCCGCUCCGCCAGCCGGAUUUCCCCGAAGCCGUCUCUGCACUCUGCACUCCUCCGGCGGAUGUCCCUGGAGCCUUGAGCGGCGCCGAUAGAAGAAAAAUCUCACCCCAAUCAUGACAGGGAUGCUAAAACGGAAGCAUGAUGAAUUGGAAGAUGAUGUUUCAUACAUCUCUUCUUCAUCUUCAUCAUCUCCUUUCUCAUCUUCCUCAGUUUUGUCAGGUUUGGAAUCUGACGAAGACAACUCUCAAGGAAGCAUCAAGCCCACCGUGGCCUUAAACAUGGAUUUCACCCCCACAUCCAUCCUGAAGAAGAGCAAGCGGCAGAAGAAGAACAAGGUCGAAUUUGGCCUGGUCACCGUUUUCUACUUCCCGCGUUGCCAAGGAUUCACCGCCGUGCCUAGCUGUGGGGGCUGCACUUUGGGAAUGGCUAGGAAGCAUCGCUACGCCCGGGAGUUCACCAUGUCGGAGUUUUGCAAGCAGCAGCAGAUUGUCCGACGUGAGAAAUUGAAGGACAGGCUGAAACAAGAAAAACUGGAAGCCCUUAAAAUGAAACUGACUAUGAAUGGUACGAAGGAGUCGGAGGAAGCUAAACGGCUGACCGUAGACGAUAUCUCGGUGGACGAUGUCGACUUCAGCAACUUGGAUCUGAGCAGCAACUACUUCCUCCAGCCUUACCCCACCAAGAAGAGGUGCGCCUUGCUCAGGUCCAUGGGAGUCAAGAAGAUUGACCGACAGGAGAAGCGGCAGUUGCAAAGAAUUCGUCGUUCUCGGGGAAACUGCGGCUGUAACUGCCAGGGAUUUUGUGACUCCGAAACCUGCAGCUGCAGUUUGGCAGGAAUUAAAUGCCAGAAGGAUUACACCUCCUUUCCUUGCCGCUGCACCAGAGAUAGCUGUGGGAAUAGAGAGGGGAGAACUGAGUUCAACCAAGCUCGGGUGCAGACGCAUUUCAUCCACACCCUCAUGAGGCUGGAAUUGGAAGAGAACCAGAAAAACGAUGAUGGGAAUCUUGAGUCUGAGAUAUCCUUCCAGGAUCAUCUUCAUCCAUUUGCCUAUCCGGUCCAACAGGCCUCCUAUGAAGAAAGGGCCCUCGCGCUGAGGCCCGUCUUCAACUUCACCACCACCUUGGAGACCGUCAGCGAGAACAGCUCCAGUAGCAACAUGACCGACUCAUCGGCGUCAUCCAAUCAGAGUGAGGAUAUGGAAAGGUUGUUCGAAAGAACGGCGAAGUCACAGUCGGACAUCGAUGGCAACGGCCUGGCUCGGAUCCUACACUUCAAUGAUUCGGAUGGAGAAGAAAACAUCAGGAGCGUUGGCCGCCGCCAGGAUAAUUCGAGUUCUUUCCACCCGUCUGGUUUUUUCAACGUGGAUGUGGAAAACCAGUAUGCUACCAACCCUGUUGAACAGAUGGGCUUCAACAGUGGUUUCGGUUACUUCGGUGAUCGCCUGGAUGAGAACGCCAAUCUGGAGCCGAGCGGUGUCCAUGAGUUCUCCGCCGAUGAGGGCGAAGAAGGUGCCAGUUACGCCCCAUCUUCCUUUGAAGAACUGGACUCAAGGAACUACAUAGAUCUGAGCUUUACCUCCGACUAUUUGGAUGUUUUCCAGCCCUUCUCGGAUUAUAACCUGGGACCUCUGUAUAACUCCUUGAGGGAGUAUGAGAAUGUGGAAAACUUCACAGUUUGGCAAGUGCAAUUGCCAAAUCUGCCCACCUUGGUCCAACCUCCAGAUCAGAGCAACUGCUUUCUGGAGUCCUUGAUCGGGUUGUCUGAAUCCGUCCCGGAAAUCCCUGCACCUUUUUCAGACAACCAGCUUCUCGAAGAUGCCAUUAAAUCAUCUCUAGUGGAGACCACGAAGGUUUAAAUUUUUGUACCUUUUUUUCCUUUUUUUUCUUUUUUGCAUAUGUGAAAGGAAAACUGGACAGUUUCUCAUUUCCUAUGGUGAAUAAACAUUCCUUUUCUAUAAGAUGCUGGGAAGAAAAUCUUUCUAAGCAGAUAAAUCAAUAUUGUUUAAUUUUGGACACUGUGAAGAAGAAAAAAAGUGCUAAAGUUUUUGUUUGUUUUUUUACUGUUUGUGGAAAACCUUUUGAGAUCUUAAUGGCAUUUUGGGUGGGUGGAUGGAAGGCGAAUUUUGCAACUUAAAACACAAUUUUCUUGCAUUUUGUAUUGGGGGGGAAUGGGGAGACUUUGUAAGGAAUAUCACUUGUAUAUCUUUAAGUUUGUGGAUUACUGACUCAGCACCUUCUGCAAACAUGCUGAAAUGUUUGUGGACAAUUUUUCUGCAAUCACUUUGUGAGAGUUACAAAAGUGUAUUUAUUGUGCAAAUGAUUUGCUAUUGAUGAAAUGGAAAAACGUUUACAACCGGGGAAAUAAUUAUGUUAUUUGCAUUAUUUCUUUGUUCCCCUAUUUAUUGGAAAGGAUCACCAAUUUAAACAAGCUUCAACAAAGCAUGGGGCUUUGUUGAAUUUAAAUUAGUUAUUGUUUAUAUUAUAUAUUAUGUACAAUGGUUUUCUUUUUGCAUAAUAUAUAUUAUUUGUCAUAGGCUUCUUGGUUAGGCUGUGGUCACUUAAGGUGCUGAAAGGGAAAGAGAUGUUUGGCAGACCAGCCUUUGGUUUAUUUGCAUUUAAGGUAAAAUUCCCUUACUUCGUCUCCUCUUCACCCCCUUUGGAUUAAACACCAAGAGGAAGAUAUUUUAAGCUGCAUCUUCUCCUUCCACCCUCCCUCCCUCCCUAA